AUCUGCAGGCAGUCGUUUUCUAAGGUGGUUCUUCAAACACAAACAACCCCUCGCGCAGACAGACGGAGAGAUAUUGACCCUCAGUAUGCGCGCGGCCCGCAGCUCACUCUUGGGGCAUGGAGAAACACUCAGAGGAUGAUUACAGUUAUGCACGAGCGGAGAGUGGACAGUCUGACUAUAGAUACAUGUCAUCAGAGAGCAGUGAGGACCCGUUCCGUGUGUGUGUCCACGUGCUGUGUGAGGCGGGGGAGGCGGGGCUUCUGCAGGCGGCGGCUGAUGAGCUGUUGUGUGUGGUCCAGCCGGAGCUCCGCCUCCUGCGCGUGUCAGAGCGAGGACCGUACAAGCCACGCCCCCACCACACCCAGACUCCGCCCCCUCAGCCUGCCCUCGCCCUCAUCCUCUUCCUGCGCGAAGACCACGCCCCCAGCCUGCAGCGUCUCCAUAGCAACCUGCGCCAGCCGCCAUGGCGAUACCACCACACCGAGCGCGUGGGUGGGCGGGGCGUCUCCGUGGCGACGCCCGCCUGUCAGGACUUCUACACGCUGGCGCCGGGCACGCCACUCUGGGCCGUCCGACAGGUGCAUUAUGGGAAGGAGGUGGUGCGCUUCACCGUGUACUGCCGUUUCCAUAGCUACGCUGACAUGGUGCGGCUGUACCAGCUGUUGCUAGGGCAACGGCGCGUGGUGCAGCGCAAGGAGGACUUCUGCUUCUGCGUGGUCUUCUCCUCCGCCCACACCGAGGUGCAGCUGUCACUCAAGAGGCUGUCGCCGGGGCAACUGCCCGUCGCCACGGAGAGCGCCCUGCUGGAGUUCAGAGUUCCGCACGUGGGCGUGCUCAUCCCGCUCCUGCCCCGCCCCUGCACGCCAAUCAGCUCCUUACGCUGGCAGACACACGACUAUGACAACAACAAGAUCCUGCUGCAGGUGCAGCCGUUGAGAGUCAGACGUCGUCACACUGUUGCUCAGGUCAUGCCCCACCCUGGAGGCCCCUCCCCCUGCCCCUCCCCUCCUCCAUCAGCCCCGCCCCCUCGCCCUCCCUACGGCCGUGGACCCGCCUCCUACCGUAACCGUAGAUACCACCGGAACUCCUCCUCUCGCUCCCGCACACAGACCCUUCCCCUGGCCAAGCCACGCCCCCAAUCCCAGAAUCCUCUGUGGGAGCUGGAGGUGUUCCGUGAGCAGUGGGCGGGGCGUCGCUCGCGGUCCUUCUGUGCCCCGCCCUCUGUGGGUGUGGCUGCCCCGCCCCCCUUCCGGCUCAACGUGGCCGCCCUGGUGGGCGCCGUGGAGACAGACGUGGAUACGGGGCGGCGCCUGAGUGGCAGCAGCCUCGACCUAUCAGUGGUGUCCGCCUACUCACAGACCAACCAAUCGCCUCACACACCUGCACAGAGCCCCUCCCCCAGCAGGCAGUCUGCCCCGCCCAGAUCAAGCUGCAUCUCCAUGACGACCACAGACUGUCCUCCCCAUAAGCCCCUCCCACAUGAUGGCGGUCUGAGCUGGAGCAGGAGCGAGCCCAGCACACACACUCUCAGAAACACACACUCCCACACACACACACAGGGCAGUGCA